CUGCUUUCUGGCAGAGGCAGGUUACAAAAAGGUGCGGGUUUCCGGAGAAGUGAAAGGGGAAAAGAACGUUAGAGGAGGAUGUGAAGGAGGAGGACGUCUCAGGUGGCAUGAGAGAGAAGGGGAAAUGAAAGUGUCUUGAAGGACCAUUCUGGGCGACGUGAUGGAAGGAGUUGGAAAGGAGAGGCCCGUAUGCAGUUCCAAACCCUUCCAAUGGACCAAUCCCCCCAAAACAGAGGCGUCAGCGCUGCUCUGGAAGCUGAAGGACUGUUUCACCACCAAUGAAAAGGCGCACGAUCAGUUGGAUUCUAAAACAAAAAUCAUGGAGAACAGGACUGUGCUGCAAUUGAAGGACGUCCCCCCGCCUCAUCACAUGCCCACCUCCCGAUCAUCCCAGCUCUUCCCCAAUGCCCCUCUCCCUUCGCUUCCUCCCGCUUUGCUCCCUCCCCAACUUACACAGGACUGCCAUUCCCAACAGCCCCCACAAUCUCAGCAGGCGUCAGAGGGGGUCAGCCCAAAAGUAAGGAUGUGCUCCCACUGUGACUUCUGCAGCCCCGGCCAUGGGUUACUGGUUGGUGAACGUGUUGUUGGCAGUAAUGGCUGCUCUUCAAUGAAGAACAUGUCACUCCAUAGGUCUUUAAAUUCUGUACAAGCAAUGAGCAACAGCACUAGUGUCAACACUAGUGGGAGCUCAAGUUCUUGUUCUGGAACCCCAGCCCUUCAACAUUUCAGGCACACUUUAAACUGUGAAGAUGAAACGCCUGAUAAAUUACAGACUGAUUUUAAGCCACAGAUGCUCUCAGCUGUUGCGACAUCCCAACCCCUGUCUUCGCACCCCUAUCCUUUGUGCUGCUCAGGGCUUCUGCAUAACCAUUCAAGUUUAUGUCUCCCACACAGUCAACCCAGCCUUCACUUCCCUGACCCCUCUGUGGCUUCCUCACUUCCUUCUGUUUCCUCACUUCCCAUCCCGAUGCAUGACCCCUUCUUGGCAUCCCCUCGGUACUGUACCUGUGGUGUUAACUGCACUCCUUUAGCGAGAAACAUCACGUCCUUCGGUGAUCACCCAGCAACCACAACUAUAACUUCUUCAACAUCGGCUCACUUCUGCUCCGAUCCUGUUCAUCUAAACGUAGAGCGCACCAUUUGUGUGAAGGGUGCUCAUUUCUGCCAGAUGUGCUUGUUGAAGCCUGCGAAUGGUGUGGCAGCAGAAUCGGAGAAGUCGUGGCCGAAUGUUCCUGUUCCACAUUUGGCUCCUAUCUCCAUUCCCAUCUGUAACGGUUGUGGAACAUCGUCAGAGGGUUUGGUGCGCAUGCCAAUGACGAACAUUGGCAAAACUGGACCGACUUAUGGUUCUUUGGAGAGUGGGGGCACGGAGAAUAUCCCGCCUGUUGGUGUUUUUUGGGACAUUGAGAACUGCAGUGUACCAACGGGACGCUCAGCCGGAGCGGUGGUCGAGCGCAUUCGAGAGCGCUUUUUCCAAGGUCAUCGAGAAGCAGAGUUUAUAUGCGUUUGUGAUAUAAGCAAGGAGAGUAAAGCUGUUAUCCAAGAGCUUAACAACUGCCAGGUGACUGUUGCUCACAUCCAUGCUACGUCCAAGAAUGCCGCUGAUGACAAGCUUCGCCAGAGCUUACGCCGCUUUGCUGAAACCCACACUGCACCUGCAACAGUUGUUUUAGUAUCAUCGGAUGUGAAUUUCGCCAGUGAGUUAAGUGACCUGCGUCACCGCCAUGGUUUCCAUGUGAUCCUGGUUCAUGGAAGCCAGACGUCACAGGCUUUGAUGCAGCACGCCAACCAGCAUGUAGCCUUCCAAGAAAUCACGGCGGAUUUGCCACCACGCAUGCUGACAAAUACUCAGCCCAGUUUCAACCUCCUCUAUGUGCACAACCUUCCUGUCAACUGUGACAAGGACCUUCGGAACGCAGUGAAGCUCAGGCUCCGCCGCCUCUCUGACAACUGUGGUGGCAAGGUUUUGGGCAUGUAUCAAGGCACGGCAGUCCUCAGGUUUGGUAGCCCAGACGCGGCUGCGCGUGCACGCAAGCGAAUGGAAAACGAGGACGUGUUCGGCCACAGAAUCAGCCUUUCCUUUUUGCCGCAAUCUGGUGAUGACACUGGUCCCAAGCUUGAACUUGAAAGUCAGACUGAUCACACUCCUUUGCCCCCCCACCAAAAUCGGGACAGAGCGUUCGCUCCUCUGUCCUCUUUUUCUUUUCUGCCUCUGGAGAAUGUGAGAUCCCCCAGAAGGCCAUGGAGAGCAGCUCGUCCAUGCUUCACUACUGGCACGGUGCCUGAAAGGCCAUACAGCCCCAAGAGAGGGUGCAGUGAGCCUCCUGGUGGUGCCCCAGCAAAGCCCCAUCAGGAAUUGGGUAAUUUGGAGAAUAAAACCAGUCUGAACAUAAAUCACCUGGAUAAAGCAGCAGCCUCGUCUUCACUCUGUACUGAUGACAGCAGAGCUUUUGAACAACUGCCUCAUCCCAGUCCAACUGGAGCGUCUGCGGGUCGACAAAGAGAUGAUUCCAAUCCUCCCAGUGCUCCAGAAUCGGACUUUGGAGACCGGACCUCUGAGGAUUUUAAAAUCAGCACACCAUCAGCUUUCAGCAAACUGAACCUUCACCGGAGCUUCAGUCCAUUGGUCCUCUCCCAGAGCUCCUGGUCUUCAAGAAGUGCAUCUCCGUGUCUCUCCAGCCGUUCCUCACCCCUGCUCUCUGCCCCUCGGAGCCCUUGUCCAGAGGGUCGACAAGAGCCUUUUUCUGAUGGGGCUGAAAUCCUGGUCGCCAAUCUGGACUACAGAUUGUCCCGAAAGGAUCUGCAACAGACGCUCCUCAACAUUUUCUCCAGAUUUGGACGGGUGAAAGCUGUAGAGCUCAGUCCACAUACAGACUAUCAACUCAAAGCCACGGUCCAGAUGUUUUCCUUACAGCAGGCCAUCAGUGCCGUCAGUGGGCUGCACAGGUAUAAAAUUGGAGGAAGACGCAUCCAGGUGUCCCUGGUCACUGGUGGCAGGAAUAAAGCUCUUUCACUGCUCAGCUCUGAGAUCGUAAGCAUUCUCUUGGAAGCUCCCGCCAACUGCCUGCCCUUGUUGAAGUUUACGGAGAUUUACAAGAAAAAAUAUGCUCGCAGGCUCGUGAUUGGAGAUCUGUAUGAGCUGCCAGAGGUGGUAGCUGUUAGAGAACAGGGAGGUUCAAGACUGGUGUGCCUUCUACCAAGCAGCCAAGUCCGACAGAGUCCACUGGGGUCUUCUCAUUCGCAGGAGGGCUCGUCUUCAACAAGCUGCAGCCCGGUUGUUUUUGAGGAACUGGAGUAUCAUGAACCAGUGUGCAGGCAACACUACACUCAACCAAACUUCAGUGAGGCUGACUUCGAUCCAGACUCUUAUCAAAUCCCAUUUGUAAUGUUGUCGCUGAACACGUUGGCUGCAGAAGUUCACAGCUUGCUGCAGUCACAUGAGGGUACUCUUCCCUUACUCAGUUUCCCAGACUGCUACGAAGCCCAGUUCCGACCGUUGGAGCUGGUAAAUGAAACCAUAGAGGGUGCGGUUCCUUUGGAACACCUCAUCACGUGCGUUCCUAGUAUCACCAUUGUCACAGCUCAGAAUGGCUUCAAAGUCAUCAAGUGGAUCCACAACAAACCACCAACUGCCAACUCUGCAGAACCAUGGAUUCAGCGAUGCAAGAGCCCAGUGGGAAACCCUCAGCUCAUUCAGUUCAGCCGAGAGAUCAUCGAUCUGCUAAAGAGUCAACCGUCAUGCCUCAUGCCGAUGAAUAAGUUCAUACCAUCCUACCACCAUCACUUUGCCAAGCAGUGCCGAGUCUCCGACUAUGGCUUCUCUAAGUUGUUGGAGCUGCUGGAGGCUGUUCCGCAUGUCCUGCAGAUUUUGGGGAUGGGCAGCAAACGCAUGCUCACUCUGACCCAUCGUGCGCAAGUGAAGCGCUUCACGCAGGAUCUGCUCAAGCUGCUCAAGUUUCAAGCCAGCAAGCAAGUGGCCCUCAAGGACUUCAUGCAGGCAUACCACUGGUGCUUCUCAAGAGACUGGAGAGUGGCCGACUACGGCACGUGUGACCUAAUGGAUCUUCUGACUGAAAUUCCUGACACGACUAUUACUGUCGCACGGCAGGAACAAGACACAGUUAUAUCUGUUCCCAAAAGAGAGCGCACUGCGGAGGAGAUCGAACGCACCAAGAAAUUUGGAAAGGAGGUCGUGGAUCUGUUGCGGCACCAGCCUCAUUGCCGAAUGCCGUUCAGCAAGUUCAUCCCCACCUACCAUCACCACUUCUGUCGCCAGUGCAAGCUCAGCUACUACGGUUUCACCAAGCUCAUGGAGCUCUUCGAGGCCAUCCCUGAAGUUCUGACAGUAUUGCAGUGUGGCGAGGAGAAAGUGCUGACACUGACUGAAGUGGAGCAGAUCAAGGCUCUAGCAGCUCAGUUGGUCAAGCUGUUGCGCGCACAGAAGACUUCCACCCUUCCCGUCAACCAGCUGCUCACAGAGUACAGCAAGACCUUUGGUUACGGGCUCCGACUGCAGGACUAUGACGUCAGCUCUCUGCCGGCUCUGCUCAACAAACUCUGCCACGUCGUCAAGGUUGUGGACAGUCCUGAGGGUCGGGAAGUGCAGUUAAUCAACAGGAAGUCUCUGCGUCUGCUGACCACCCAGCUCCUGGCCCUGCUCAUGUCUCAGGAGGAGAAUGUGGACAAGGGUCUGACAGUGGAAGAGCUGAGCCAGCGAUACCUCACUGUCUACAGAAUCUUGCUCAACCCAUGCGAAUAUGGGUUCCUCUCCCUCAGCGAGUUGCUCAAGAGUCUGCCAUACCUUGUAGAAGUCUACAACGACAGUGAUGAAAGCAUCAAAGCAGGGAACGAUCCCGCUCUUCAUGGUGAUGAGUGGGUGCGGCUGACCAUGCUGUACCAGUUUGCCCGAAACGUCCGUGCCCUGCUCAACACCUACCAUUACAACCAGAUCUUCCUGACUGAGUUUCAUGCCGCCUACACCAAAUUCACUGGCUGCGGCCUGGAGCCACGGUCCUAUGGCUACAACGGCAUUGAUGAGCUGCUCGGUGCCAUUUCACAGGUGGUCUGGAUCAAAGGACAUGGGCACAAGAGAAUUAUUGUUUUGAAGAACGAUAUGAAAGCAAAGACCAGCUCCCCGGUGCCCAGCAGUCCUCAACCUGGAGCAAGCACAGAAACCCCCAGAGACAGUCCUGUCAGUUCAGACGGUUGUGAAACUCCACGACAAAGUGUGGCUGGUUCGGCAGAAUCGGAGCUGCUAUGUUUGACCUCAUCAGAGGACCUGCUGUGUGGCCCUGUUCCAUCCUGUCUGCCUUCACCUCAGCUCCAUCCAGACCCUGUACUCCUGCGUGAUGCCGAUUUGAUUCGUUUUGAGGACAAAACUGCAGCCACAGCAGGUGGCAAUAAACCUGGGAGCAGCAGUUCGGACGCGGCUGUCAACACUAAAACGCCGCUCUCUGUGGAAAGUCCGAGCAGAAGAGGCGCACGCAGUCGCAUCAAGCUGGCCGCCAACUUCUCCCACACGGCAGGACUCUGAUCCACGUCAAGUACAGCACACUCAAUCACUCGCACUGGUGGCUGUUGUACUGUAACUCUAGCAAGAGUUGUCAUUAUGUGUCGGCGUCGUCUCCCGCUGCUAAUGUGUGCCGCUGGUAUCACACAUCACUGUCCUGAACUAAUUUCCACUCAUGCAGAUAAUCUGCACACUCCACCGAUGACCUGGUAUAUUCAUAUAGUUUAUCAAAGUCACAGUCUUAAUUUCACCUGGCGGGAAGUUCAUGACGUUUUCCUUGUUGUUAUAAGAAAGAAAAAACAAAACUAUCAUAUCAGUUAGUCGUCACUGUCGUCAGCCACAGUCUCAUCUCAGAAAGAAGGAAAGUCAUUUUUUAAAUUUUAAGUCUAAAUAAAGUGAAAUUUAUUCAGUUUAAAUUCCUGAAAAGCAGUUUUAAAAGUAGCAUUAUUUCAUACCUACAAAUGCAGAAUUUCAUUUAGCAUUUCAUCAGAGAGCCCCAGACUUGGAUCCUCAUUCAGUCUCAGUUUGAUUCAAAGACUUGAGUGUUCACCGGCUAGAAUCCACCGCUGGCUUGGAUUCCAAGACCACUUUGGUUUUUGACCCGAAUUUUGUUGAAUUAGCAGUAAGUCUGUCGGGAUGAAGGGAAUAUUUGCGCCGUUUUGCAGUUGAUUAAAAGAUUUUAUUGCCCCGCUCCAUGCAGUCCAGUAAAUGGAAGGUGUGCACAGAAUCUCUUCAGCAUUUUGACUCGCGGUGCAUUUGCUGAGGCAGCAGAAUCAGAAGACUCUUAGCCAGCAUUCGGUGGACGUUUGUGUGUGUGACUUACACUUCUGUGGUGUUAAAUUCAUUGGGUGUGCAUAAGAGUUUAUGCACGUUGUGAGCUACACGGCAACAGAAAAAGGCAGGAGUUUAUUUUCAUCCCUGCCUUUUAUUUUUAAGAUGGUUCACGGUUGUGGAGUUUGAAUCACCCAUUCUCUGGUUGGGCUUCUCUCCCUAGGGUGAUUCUGAACCGCACACCAAGGUCCAUGCUGAGUUGAUAGAUUAGUGGGAAGAUGAGGGGGGGAACUCUUCAUGCACGUGAAUUUUGAGUGGGAGGUGGUGAGACGGGGGGGACGGGGGAGUUUGUUGAGCAGACAUGAGCUCCUAAUAGAGAGUCGCCACUGGCUCUCUGGAGUCUGACUGGCUUUUACAAUGGCUUGUAUUUGCCAGGGUGUUAUUGGGAAUCAAACCUUCUCACGCCUCCUUCCCCUCACUCACUUAGUUUUGUUUUUUUUACCUCCUGGAAGUGUCUUCUGAAGCUGCUGAAUUACACAAGAAACACGUUCUUCUGCUGCCCGUCAAAUUCUGCACGACUGAGAGCGGGUUUGUGUUCAGAGGUAGAACCGGAGCGCAGAGCUGGAACUAUUUCUAUCAGGCCUUUUGUUCUCCUUUCAAUCCCAUUUUCAAAGGAAUUUUGCUGGAGUGAGAACAAAAAUGAAUUUAUUGCAUUUGUCUCUUCAAACAAAAAAUCUAGAGUCUGGGGUUUCUGCUGCCACUUUCUCUUCGACAGACGACCUUUGUGGAUUCCGACCAAUACUUGAUUUCAAUUUGAGAAUGAUGAACGCCCACCAUGUUUUAGGUACUGCAUUUAUACACGUGGAUGAAACGCACCGACACAGUGACGACUAGCUGAGUGGCAAAACUUUCUCUCACAGCUGCUGCUCUUAGUUCAGGUUCCACCAGUGAGGAACAUUUGUCCCAAUGAAUAUAUGCACAUCUGCAUAGUUUUGUUUCAUGUCAUAGUUCUGGUUUCUUUGGGAACAGAAUUUGAUUUGUACGCACAAAAAAAAAAAAAUACUCUGUGUGACUUCAGUGUCUUUCGCGGCCUGCCAUUGUUUAACAACCCCGGAUCGGACAAACUUUGUUGAAGGGACCAAACUAUUUUGUGUUAAUAAAUAUCACGAGCAUUACAUUGUUGUUU